GGACGAUGGCUGGCCCAGGGAAGGGAGCACUCCAGUGACACGCGGCUGAUUGGGAAACGAUUGUAUUCAACCGAUGUCAGGGUGAUGUCUCUCCAAAAGGAUCUUCCUGGUCACGGACGAAUGGCCCUUCCAUAUUCUAAGAAAGCCAUCUCACGGUCGGGCCUGCAACACCUGGGGCCGCUGCAGCUAGCCCCGCCUCCAGCGGCCCCGGCAAGGAGCCUCGCACCCGCAUGGACUGGACGGAGAACGCCGUCAACGGCGACCACCUGUGGAUGGAGACCAGCUGCUCGGGCGAACUCUGCUACCUCGGGGAGGACGCCUGCCUGCUCAAGACUGCGAAGUCUGCGCCCAGGAGGAAGUGCGCCGCCUGCAAGAUCGUCGUCCACACCAGCUGCACCGAGCAGCUGGAGAAGAUCAACUUCAGGUGCAAGCCGACUUUCAGGGAAGGAGGCUCGCGGUGCCUGCGAGAUAAUGUGCUGAGGCACCACUGGGUGCACCGCCGGCGCCAGGACGGCAAGUGCAAGCAGUGCGGGAAGAGCUUUCAGCAGAAGUUCUUCCACAGUAAAGAAAUCAUCGCCAUCAGCUGUUCGUGGUGCAAGCAGGCUGUGAGUUGGGCUCAAAUUGGAAUUGUCGCGCGCGAGCGGGCUUGCCCACCAUCUGAGCGAAAUGCCGUCAGACUAGAAACAAAACAUUUCCACAACAAGGUCACGUGCUUCAUGCUGCACCAGAUCGAGGAACCGUGCUCGCUGGGCGCCCACGCCGCCGUCAUCGUGCCUCCGUCCUGGAUCAUCAGAGUCAGGAAACCGCAGAGCUUGCUCAAGAACUCGGCCAGGAGGAAAAGACGCACGUCUUUCAAGCGCAGGACCAGCAAGAAGGGGCCGGAUGAGUCCAAAUGGCGGCCGUUCAUGCUGAAGCCGCUGCCCUCGCCGCUCAUGAAGCCCAUCCUGGUCCUCGUCAACCCCAAGAGCGGAGGCAACCAGGGCGCCAAGCUGCUCCAGAUGUUCAUGUGGAUCCUGAACCCGCGGCAAGUCUUUGACCUGUCGCAGGGCGGCCUUCGGGAGGCGUUGGAUUUGUAUCGCAAAGUGCCAAACUUGAGGAUCCUGGCCUGCGGUGGAGACGGCACGGUGGGCUGGAUCCUGUCCACGCUGGACGAGCUACAGAUGAAGCCGCAGCCUCCGGUGGCCGUCCUUCCUCUGGGAACAGGAAACGACCUCGCCAGGACGCUCAACUGGGGCGGGGGCUACACGGACGAGCCCGUGUCCAAGGUUCUGGGCCAGGUGGAGGACGGCUCGGUGGUGCAGCUGGACAGGUGGAACCUGCAGGUGGAGCAGAGCCACGGCGCCGAGCGGCAGCUCCAAGACGGCACGCAGAAGCUGCCCCUCGACGUCUUCAACAACUACUUCAGCCUGGGCUUCGACGCUCACGUCACGCUGGAGUUCCACGAGUCCAGAGAGGCCAACCCCGAAAAGUUUAACAGUCGCUUCCGCAACAAAAUGUUCUACGCGGGGGCCGCCUUCUCCGAUUUCCUCCAGAGAAGCUCGAGGGACUUGUCCAAGCACGUCCGAGUGGUGUGCGACGGGACCGACUUGACUCCCAAGAUCCAAGAUUUGAAAUUCCAGUGCAUCGUCUUUCUAAACAUUCCCAGGUACUGCGCGGGCACCAUGCCCUGGGGGAACACCGGCGACCACCGCGACUUUGAGCCGCAGCGUCACGACGACGGCUGCAUCGAGGUCAUCGGCUUCACCGUGGCCUCGCUGGCGGCGCUGCAGGUGGGCGGUCACGGCGAGAGGCUCCACCAGUGCCGCGAGGUGGUCCUCACCACCUUCAAGACGGUGCCGGUGCAGGUGGACGGCGAGCCGUGCCGACUGGCGCCGUCCACGCUGCGCAUCUCGCUGCGCAACCAGGCCAACAUGGUCCAGAAGAGCAAGAGACGCACCUCGGUGCCGCUGCUCAACGAUAUUCAGAAGGUGUGUGCAGGUGAUCUGCGCCGCCUCUCUGCUCCCCCCGACUCCUUCUCUGUCCCUCACGCCGUCCCCGAGCGGCUUCGGCUGCGGGUCAACCGGAUCGGCCUGCACGAGUACGACCGCUUGCAGUACGACAAAGAGCGGCUGCGGGACAUCUCGGUUCCGGUGGGCAUCGUGGUGGUGAGGGGCGACUGCGACUUGGAAACGUGCAGACUCUACAUCGACAGACUGCGAGAGGACUUGCAGCAGGCGCCCUCUCUUGGCCACAGAGUGCAUUACCAGGAUGAGAGCCGGGGGAUGCCUCGGACCACCUCGGCUGGCAGACUCUCUUCCAGCUGGAGCUUCUUGGAUUCCACAUCGGCCGACCGCUUCUAUCGCAUCGACAAGGCCCAGGAACACCUUCACUUUGUCACGGAAAUCUGCCAGGACGAGGUGUUCAUCCUGGACCGAGAGGGCCCGGCGGGGGGCCGGGUGUCAUCGGCCGGGAUGCCCGACCUGGUGGCGGAGCCCAGCGCCGGCGCGCCGUUGACUCCCGAGGAACAAGCGCUGUUGACGGCGGCGAGCGCCGGGGAUCUCUCCACGUUGUCGGAGUGCGUGCGUCACGGCGUCAGCCUGCUGGUGCGAGACGGCGCCGGUUGCUCGGCCCUGCAUAAAGCCGCGCGGAAAGGACACGCCCAGCUGGUGGUCUUCAUCCUGCAGCAGGGAUCCAAAGUGCUUCUCGACUUGCCCGACGGAGAAAAAGGGGACACCGCCUUGCACAAAGCCGCUUGGGAGAAGCAGCACGCCGUGUGUCGGCUGUUGGUGGAGGCGGGCGCGUCGCUUCACAAAACCAACUUUCAGGGGAAGACCCCGGUGGAGCAGGCGGCGGGCGACCUGGAGCUGACCUCCUACCUGAGCAGCCACAAAACACCUUCGGCCCCCCACGAGGACUUGGAGACGGCAGUCUGACGCACACACCCACGCGCUUUUCACGCUGGGGCGCAGGUUCCACGUCAGCGGGCGCUUUCUGGCCCGCCCGGCUAUUUAUUUUCUAUUAUUUAUUGAUCGAGACAGGUAUUUAUUGCGAGCGCGCUUUGGAGAGCGGCCGACGUGCUGAGGUGUUUCCACCCGUGCGAGCCUGAGUGGCUCACGGGAACAAGUAUUCUUUCGCCGCUCCAAAAGCUACGACUAACAACGGAGCGGAAGCCGAGAUGCCAAACGAGUGACAUUCGCAAAUAUCCAAAUAUCAAUGAAAUCUUCUUUGAGGGUGCCAAGUGUCCAAAUGGCACAGCUCAAUCAGAACUGCGUCUUUAGACCGCUUUAACAUUUUUCACUUGACUCCCGCUCCAAACAUUGCCUCCCAAGUUUGUGAAAAGGAUAUUUAAGAUGAAGCCAUCAUAUCCGAUCCACUUUGCAGCUGCCGUCCGACUAAUUCUGAGCCAUGUAAAAUGAACAGAUGGCAUGUCGCUGCAUUUCUCCGCUAAUCGUUUACAUUACAUGAAUGUUUUUAGUGUUGCACUGAGGGAGGUACAGUGCCGUACCGUACUUGGGCGCCGCUUGGCUUGGAGAUUGUCCUCUCCUUUUCGGACUCGAGCCUUUUUUCUCAUCAAUCCAUCAGAGAAGAACUUUGGCACGGUAGAGAUGACUCGCAUGUAACGACGACGGCCCUUUUGCAGUUUUUCCCGCUCAGUUGUGAAUUGAACCCCAGUGAGUGAUUUGAUGGAAAUCGAUUGAAAAACAAAACAAAAAGUGCCACACGUGCAUCUCAAGGCGAAUGUACGGCGAUAACUUGAACCGCAAAGUCGGACGAGUUGACUCGUUCUAAGCAGGACUGGGAUGGAAUGACAAUGAAAAUAGUUUGGAUGGGGUGAAGUGAAUGAAAAGCUUGUUGUACAGUUUUGUGUUGAAAGACCAAUUGUUUAUCUUGGGCGCAUCUUUGCUCCAAGAAAGAUAUUUGAUUUGGAUUUGCUCGACUGAUAUGCACACGACGAUGGCUGCUUGUGGGCGGGCGGGGCCUGCCUCUUCUAAUCCACGCAUUUAAUCGAAACUUUGUAUUCCAUUUAUUCUCACUAGCGUUGGUUCUGCAUGGCAUUUUCUGACCUCACAAUUGAAUCUUUUCCAGUAUUGGCAUAAACAUCAUUCUUAUUGUGAAGAUGAAUCUUAUUGUUUCAACUAUUAAAUGAUUGUUUGGAGUGUUUCAUAUCCGGGCUUAUUUUUGUAUCGCUGCUGAAGAUGACUUGAAGUGCUUUAUUUGGAAGAUGAUGCUGUUUCUCUUGUUGGAAUGCAUGUUUCCUCUUUUUCCAUCGUCACAAUCAUCCAUACUUAUUUCUGCUUUCUGGUCCCGGGAAUCUACAAAUAUGGACAGUCUACUUCAUUUUAAAUAAAAGUUACACGCUGAAA